AUGUCUUAUAAGAGUGUUGUUCUACUCGGUGCCAGCGGCAACCUAGGAAAGUUGACACUUCAAACUUUCCUUGAUUCAGACCUCAGUGUUACGGCUGUCAUUCGCACGACAUCACAAGCCACAUUCCCUGAAGGAAUUAACGUUGUUAAGAGCGAUUUCAACGUAGAGUCCCUUUCGAAAGUCUUUGAGGGCCAAGAUGCUGUUAUUAGCCUCUUCCCGAUUCUUUCUCUAGAGGCUCAAGCUAUCACCAUCGAAGCCGCCAUCGCAGCUGGUGUCAAGAGGUUUAUUCCUAGUGAAUAUGGUUCUGAUUCUACGAACCCCGACGUUAUAGCCGCUGUGCCCUUUUUCGAAGCGAAAAAGAAGUACUUGGACUAUCUCAAAUCUAGGGAGGAUGCUAUUAGCUGGACUGGGUUGAUCACGGGACCGUUCUUUGAUUGGGGACUCCCUAUGGGUAUCUGGGGAUUCGACCUGAUUAACAAGAAGGCUCAGCUGUUCGACGGAGGCAACACCAAAUUCACCGCCAGUAACGGCGCACAGGUUGGCCGUGCCCUCGUUGCCAUCCUUGCUAACCCUGCCAAGACGGCUAACAAGUUGGUUUCUGUCGAGUCAUUUACUACUACUCAGUCAGAGGUCCUUGCUGUUCUCGAGAAGGCUACUGGCACUGAGUGGGCGAGAACUGAGAUCCCGGUUGAGGAAGUGAGAGCCGAGGCGUUCAAGCUCUUGAGCGAGGGCGAUGUGGCAAAUGGAGGAGCAAAAGCGAUUGCUUCGGUUGUUUUUGGUAAAGAAGCUUUGGAGGAUCACACUCAUCUUGGCACUGCUCAGUGGAACAAGGAGCUGGGGCUUCCCUCCGAAACAGUUGAGGCGACUGUGCAGCGGGUCCUCAAGAGCCUUGAGUAG